CCUCCCCGCCCCGCCCCGCCCCGCCGGCGCGGAGCUGAGCAGAGCGGAGCGGAGCGGAGCCUCCGCCGCCGCAGAGCGCCGGUCGCGGGGCGCCCUCGCCGCCCGUCGCAGGAGCUGGAUGUGCGGGGGAGAAGCUGCGCAGGAUGGCAGUGCUCAAGCUCGCCGACCAGCCACCACUGGUCCAAGCGAUUUUCAGCGGCGACCCAGAAGAGAUACGGAUGUUGAUCUACAAAACUGAGGAUGUCAACGCCUUGGACGCUGAGAAACGAACUCCUCUUCAUGUUGCAUCAUUCCUGGGGGAUGCAGACAUCAUUGAGCUUCUCAUUUUGUCAGGCGCUCGUGUUAAUGCCAAGGACAAUAUGUGGCUGACUCCUCUCCAUCGAGCAGUUGCUUCAAGAAGUGACGAAGCAGUGCAGGUGUUGAUUAAGCACUCUGCUGAUGUCAACGCUCGGGACAAGAACUGGCAGACUCCGUUGCACGUGGCAGCCGCCAACAAGGCGGUGAAGUGCGCCGAGGUCAUCAUCCCCAUGCUGAGCAGCGUCAACGUCUCGGACCGAGGCGGGCGCACGGCGCUGCACCACGCCGCGCUCAACGGCCACAUCGAGAUGGUGAACUUGCUCUUGGCCAAGGGGGCGAACAUCAAUGCUUUUGACAAAAAAGACAGAAGAGCACUUCACUGGGCAGCAUACAUGGGACACCUGGAAGUUGUUGCCUUACUGAUUAAUCAUGGUGCAGAGGUGACUUGUAAAGACAAGAAGGGUUACACCCCACUUCAUGCAGCUGCAUCCAAUGGGCAGAUUAACAUUGUGAAACACCUCCUUAACUUAGGGGUAGAGAUUGAUGAAAUGAACAUCUAUGGAAAUACUGCACUUCACAUUGCCUGUUACAACGGGCAGGAUUCUGUCGUUAAUGAGCUGAUUGACUAUGGUGCUAAUGUAAAUCAGCCUAAUAAUAACGGAUUCACUCCCUUGCAUUUUGCUGCUGCUUCCACUCAUGGAGCACUGUGUCUUGAACUACUAGUGAAUAAUGGGGCAGAUGUUAACAUUCAGAGUAAGGAUGGGAAGAGCCCACUGCACAUGACAGCUGUCCAUGGGAGGUUCACACGGUCGCAAACCCUCAUUCAGAAUGGAGGGGAAAUCGACUGUGUUGAUAAGGAUGGUAACACCCCUCUGCACGUGGCUGCAAGAUAUGGACAUGAGCUUUUGAUUAACACCCUCAUAACCAGCGGAGCUGAUACUGCCAAGUGUGGGAUACACAACAUGUUCCCUUUACACUUAGCAGCACUGAAUGCUCACUCAGACUGCUGCAGGAAAUUGCUGUCAUCGGGACAAAAGUAUAGCAUAGUGUCCUUGUUUAGUAAUGAGCACGUGCUGUCUGCAGGCUUUGAAAUAGACACCCCCGAUAGUUUCGGAAGAACGUGCCUCCACGCUGCCGCUGCAGGAGGUAAUGUCGAAUGUAUAAAACUCUUGCAAAGCAGUGGAGCUGAUUUUAGUAAGAAGGACAAAUGUGGGAGGACACCUUUGCACUAUGCAGCUGCAAAUUGUCAUUUCCACUGUAUUGAGACACUGGUGACAACAGGAGCCAAUAUUAAUGAAACAGAUGACUGGGGACGCACCCCUUUGCACUAUGCUGCUGCUUCUGACAUGGACCGAAAAAGAAAGAAUAUUUUAGGUAACUCCCAUGAAAAUGCUCAAGAACUUGAAAGAGCCAGUGAGAUGAAGGAAAAAGAAGCUGCAUUGUGUCUAGAGUUCCUUCUACAAAAUGAUGCCAAUCCAUCCAUCCAAGACAAAGAGGGGUACAACACUGUGCAUUUUGCUGCUGCAUAUGGGCACCGGCAGUGUUUGGAACUGAUUGGAAGCAAAGCUCCACUGGAUAUACUUCUGGAAAAAACCAACAGUAUCUUUGAGGAAUCUGAUUCUGCAGCUACGAAAAGUCCUUUGCAUUUAGCUGCCUAUAAUGGUCAUCAUCAAGCCUUGGAGGUACUUCUCCAAUCUCUGGUAGAUCUGGAUAUUAAGGACGAGAAGGGACGCACUGCUUUGGACCUGGCUGCAUUUAAGGGACAUGCAGAGUGUGUGGAAGCUCUCAUCAGCCAGGGUGCUUCUGUCACUGUAAAAGACAAUGUCACCAAAAGGACCCCCCUCCAUGCUUCAGUCAUUAAUGGCCAUACACCUUGUUUACGGUUGUUACUAGAAGUUGCAGACAACCCUGAUGUGACAGAUGCCAAAGGACAAACCCCACUAAUGCUUGCAGUGGCAUAUGGGCACAUUGAUGCUGUUUCUUUAUUACUUGAAAAAGAAGCAUCUGUAGAUGCAGCUGAUCUUCUGGGAUGUACAGCUUUACACCGAGGGAUUAUGACUGGGCAUGAAGAGUGUGUUCAGAUGCUGUUAGAGAAGGAAAUCUCUAUCCUGUGCAAGGACGCCCGUGGCAGAACACCCCUGCACUUUGCAGCAGCGCGGGGUCACGCCACUUGGCUGAGCGAGCUGCUGCAGGUGGCACUUUCGGAGGGAGACUGCAGUUUGAAGGAUAAUCAAGGUUACACACCACUGCACUGGGCUUGUUACAACGGUCAUGAAAACUGCAUAGAGGUACUAUUGGAACAAAAAUGUUUCCGCACAUUCUAUGGAAAUAGCUUCUCUCCAUUGCACUGUGCUGUAAUCAAUGAUCAUGAAAAUUGUGCAUCCCUGCUCCUCGGAGCCAUCGAUGCCAGCAUUGUCAAUUGCAAAGAUGACAAAGGAAGGACGCCCCUCCACGCUGCAGCCUUCGCGGAUCACGUGGAGUGUCUCCAGCUGCUCCUCGGCCACCGCGCGCACGUGAACGCUGCGGAUCAUGCAGGGAAAACCCCUCUCAUGAUGGCAGCUCAAAACGGGCACGCAGCUGCUGUGGACUUUUUGGUGAACAUUGCCAAGGCUGACCUGACAUUAAAGGAUAAGGAGUUGAACACGUCUUUGCACUUGGCUAGCAGUAAAGGUCAUGAAAAAUGUGCCUUGCUAAUACUUGACAAGAUACAAGAACAGAGCCUUAUCAAUGCAAAAAAUAAUGCAUUGCAGACACCUCUCCACAUAGCUGCACGAAAUGGCUUAAAGAUGGUAGUUGAAGAGUUGCUAGCCAAAGGGGCCUGUGUCCUAGCAGUAGAUGAAAAUGGUCACACGCCAGCCCUGGCUUGCGCCCCUAACAAAGACGUGGCUGACUGCCUGGCACUCAUUUUGGCUACCAUGAUGCCUUUUUCUCCUUCCAGUUCAAUGACGACUUUCAACUUCGUUUGCUUUAAAAAAGACAAUUUGGGCAGGACACAUCUCUGCGAUGGCUCCAGCGCGGGGAGUGGCGCUAACUUGUACAAUAAGCCCUUGAGUAAUAACAUAGGAACAGAGGAUGGGGACAAUGAUUCGGAUUCUGAAACAUUUUGACUUUUUGGUAUUCAAAAACUUCUUCCAUUGUUAUUUUAAUUUCAGCUUUAUUUUUGUCUUUUUAAACAGCUUAAAUCCCACCGCUAUAUUCUUAACUAUUAUUCUUGACAAGUAGGUAUUGAAAGAUUUCUAGUUUUGAUGGGAACCAAGCCUUUAAAUAACAAAGACAGAGGGAUUUACUGAAACGUUUUCCCAUUAAUGUUCUGCAGCUUUUCAACUUCCUGAUGUUUUCUUUAGGCCCUAAGUGCCCCUGUGGAAAGUCUCUAUCUCUUAUUUUAAGUAGAAAAAGAGAAAACGCCUUUUUUCUUUUUGACAGCACAAAUAAACAGGGAACUGUUUGUAAAAAGUUCUUACAUGUUUCAGCUGUACCUUUAGUACACCAUCCAUUGUAGCCUUCAUAGAUUUGAGCAUUACCCCUUUCCUCUGUCUGUUCCCUGCUUCCAGGGGCUCUGAUAAUUAGAUAAUUUUUAAUUAAUUUAUUUUUUUUUUAAUACAAACCAAAGGUAAAGUUGUAAAUCUGAAAACUGCCUGUAUUACUUUUCUACAGGAAACUAAACCUUUUACAUUCUGCAUGUAUUAAGCACUUAAACAUACCGAAGGCACUUUUUACAGUUCUUAGUUGCAGCACACAAUUAGAAAACUAUAGUUAUAAACUCUUAAGGCCAAAUUCUACUUGCCUCACUAUAUUUUCUCACAGACACGAGUGGAACCACUAGUGUAAAAUGAAAAUUGUUUGGCCCUUAUUUUUUUUCAAUUCAGCACAAACAUGUAUGGUUUAUUUGCACUACAGAAUUAGGGUCAUUAGAUGUUUCUGUCACCUGAGCCAUUAACCAUGAAUCUAGUAUCAGAAAAGAAAAAAAAUCAGGUGUAGACAAAGACAUACGUAAAAGUUCAUAGUUACUUGGCAACUGAAAUGGAUUUUUUUCCUUUUCUAUGCUAAAAUAACUUAUUUUUACUGUAAACGUUAUCAAAUUUUAAAAUACUUUUGCAAGUGUUUGGAUUAAGAGAGCAGAGGUGAAGCAAUGAAAGCAAAACACCAAAAGUUGAAAUACCAAACACCAGAAAACCUGGCGCUGUGCCGUGUGGGGGAUUGGAGAUACAUGCUAAAAAAAGCCUCUUGUCACCAGCUUUUAAAGCAAUGUCAACUUUGUGAAUAUGUUUACUCCUUCUGCCAAAGUUUCUAGGUCAAAUGGACCACAACCCUCCUCCGCAACAGAUGUACAAAAGGAAGAAUGAGAUUUUGUAAACAAAAAGAAACAAAAAAACCUAAACAAAAAGCUGUAAUGAACUAACCAGCUAUACCAAGAGGACCAAAAUUCUUCAGUAAUUAAACGGAAGACUUUGCUACUUUUAUUUUUUUUCUUCAAAUGUGAGUGACAUAAUGAAGUAGUUUUUCUAAACCAUAAAAAAAUAAACUUCUGAGGUAAUGAGUAGUCUUGAGUGAAUUUUACAUUUUAUGACACAGGUUUCAAGUUGACGUUUGUAACUGAUGAUGUGUUGACCACAAGUGUGUUGUGUUUUUUUUCAGUCUAAAUAAUAUGUUCAUAUACUUUUAAUGUAAAUGUAUUUAUAUUUAUUUUAAAUGAAACAAAUGCCCAGGAAAAAUAACUAUGGCUUGUUCUCCUAGUUAGCAUUUGUGCGUGCUGUUUGGAGUGAUGUGAAAUGAAAUGUGAAUCCAGGCAAGGCUGAUGGCCUGAGCAGAAAAAGGAAGGUCUGAUGCACUUCAGGAGAGUGCCCAUCUUCUUGGGUGGAAUGCAAAGAUAAAGUCCACAGGCUAUAUUGCUAAAAAUCAGAGCGUGAAACACCUUCCUUCACUUUUAAGAGCAGACGAAAGGGAUCCAACCCCUUGCUAGACAAGUGAGAGAACGCUGUACAGCAAGAGUAAAGAGACGAAAAGGUAAUGAGGCAAGGCUGAGGGAGCUGGGUCUCGUUAGCUUGGAGGAGACUGAGGGGCGACCUCAUCAAUGUUUACAAAUACGUAAAGGGCGAGUGUCAGGAGGACAGAGCCAGGCUUUUUUCAGUGAUGUCCAGUGAUAGGACAAGGGGCAAUGGGUGCAAAAUGGAACAUAGGAGGUUCCACGUAAACAUCAGAAAAAACUUCUUUACUGUGAGAGUGACAGAGCACUGGAACAGGCUGCCCAGAGAGGUUGUGGAGUCUCCUUCACUGGAGACAUUCAAAACCCACCUGGACAUGUUCCUGUGUAAUGUGCUCUGGGUGAUCCUGCUCUGGCAGGGGGGUUGGACUAGAGGAUCUUCAUAGGUCCCUUCCAACCCCUAACAUUCUGUGAUUCUGUGAUUCUCUAAUGCAGGAUGGAGUCAAGGUGUGAGUGUCCCCAUCAGCCAUGCUCAGGCUGCCUGCAGGCCUGCAUCUGGGCUGGGAGGAGAUUGUGAGCUUCCUCAGUGUCCCUUUCAGCAGAGUAAAUGAAAAGUUUUAUUUUAGUUGCAUUUUUUAGCCAUGUUCCACUAAAUGUUAAAAAUCUAUUGGCAGAUUCCAGUUCUUUAAUUAGGAAAGGUAUUUAUAUAUCAAGUUUAUUUUUGCCUUGCUAAAAUUAAAUAUUGUUACUCUGAACAUUGGGUAAAAUUAAAUGUUUUUUCAACCAUGAACAAAUUUCCAAAGUUUACAAUAAAAAAUUACAUCUUAGCUUUUAAGAGUUGCAGAACAGCAAUUACCACCUUACUUUAAGCACUGAAAAUAAGAGGAGAGAUCAAUUGUUUAGGUUUUCAGUAGUGUGUGUUCAGAAAUGAAUAGAAAUCCCAAAUUUUGCUUUUUUAAUGUGGAGUUAUGGCAUUGAAACAAAACAAAUGGGAAAUGGCAGUCUCCUGUCUAACAGCAGGAUCAUCCUUUUAAUCAUAGUUUAACCAGAAAUGUACGUAGGCUCAUUGGCAGGAUUACUUGUAAGUCUCACCCUGGACAGAAAGUUACUCUGUCCUCCAUGGAAUUGCUUUAUUAAGGAGAAAACCAGCCCUCUUUACAAAGAGAAUGUUGCAUUAUUUUAAGCAGCCGUUUACAAAAUUUCAGUAUUUUUACUUGCUACCAUACAGAGUUACUGAACAUAUUUCUGUAUGUCCACAAUACCUCGUAGCUCUGGUAAUUGCGUAGUGCAACUGCUGCCUCUUAUUGAUGUGAACAACAUUAUAGAACCACAGGAGAUCACUGAUUUGCUUUGAUCCUUCUAGGAUCCAGAUCUAAACUUUACAGAUUAAACUUUUCUGGGAACUAACAAUGAUGCAAGUAUGCAGUAUUCCAGAAAUCAUAGAAACACAAUUUGUUAGCAUCUUCAGGGCACUGGGAAACUCAUGUUUUGAGUGUGGUGUAUUUAGGAGGAGAACUGUUAGGAACAAGACACUUGGAAGCACUCAGUAUUGGCCUAUCCCACAUCCCACGUGAGGUCCCUUUUUUGUAUGCUAGUACAUUAAUUAAUCUGUAAUGUAAUUUAUCAGAUGUAGAAAUAAAUUUGUAACAUAGGACAGGUUUUUAAGCACGGGAAUAAUUUUACUCUUGUAAAUACCUUGCCUUUCUGUGGACUUGUUACAAGAGUAGAGUUAGUCGUACCUGAUUGUUGCACUUAACCCUGGAUCCUGCAAUUUACAGUAAGCAGACGAUUCUGUGCACCAAGCAAAGGGGAUGUGGGGAGGGUCUGCCCAGGAGUAUUAGCAGGAUCGUUUCCUCCUGUAUUUUAACCACAGCUGCAGGUGGAAUCCAUAGCAGGAUGGGGUCCUAGGUCUCUCUCCUAAAUACUGAGUUACAACCUCUGGACUGCCUGAAAUUGCUGUGAAAUAGCUCAGGGGAUUUCUGUUCAUCGCUACUAAAAGGGCACCAUAAUGUGUUUGGUACUUUUAUGCAGGACACAACUGCCAGAUUAUUGAAUUAGAACAAACACAUGAAAUGAAUUGUUUAUCCAUUGUACUGUUGAGAAGCUCGGUUAUGUAUCUUGAGGAUGAUUUAAAACAAAAAAAAUAUGUGAUUUUUAUUCUUAGUCAUGUAAAAAAUAUUAGAGUGCCUUUUUAUAUUUGUGUAUUACGGAAAUGUUUUGUGAAACUUGUCUUUUUUUUCAUUUGAGUGUUAUAAAAGCAAUAUAUUACCAGGAAAUUUUCAUUUCAGACCUUCUUUGAAUGUAUAAAGUGUUUCUUCUUUUCAUAUGUUAUACCUGCAUUGAAAUGAAAAUUAAUAUGCUAAAUUUCUACAGGAAUAAUGUAUAAUUUUUGCAGUGCUGAAAAUGCUUUCUUAUUACACAAAAAGUAACCCUUAGGUCAGUGUUAUAGAGGAGGGUGUUUUAAACUAGGGACAAUCUUGAGUGUGUGUAAAAAUUGUAAUUUUAUGCGUUUCUUAUGCAGUGAUCUACAUAUUAAAGCCAAUAUCUUAUGUUUUGUAGGUUUUGUCUUAUAUUUUAUGCUUUAGCAUGUGCAAUAUAUCUUUUCAAACCAUCGUGAUACAGAUCUGGUGCCAGUGUUAUAUUUUGCAUAACAUUUGUAAUAAACAAUAUAAAAUACUGUUUGAUGGUUUCGGUGGGGUUUUGUCCGUAUUGUUUGCUUUUGUAAAUUGAAGUUUAAGGAAUUGGGUAAACGUCACAUACAAAAAGAGGAAAAACGCUUUGGUGAAUGGCUUGGAAUUACAACCUGAGUCUUCUCAAGCACAGCUUAGUAACUUUUUCAACUACUGAAUGCUGUAUUCAUGUAAGGAAGAACCCUAACUGUAAACUAAUCUUGCAAUGCAUUCAGAUGGUUAUUUUUACAAAUAAAAAUGGUACAAAUACUGUUGGAAAA